GAGACUAGAAAAUCUCAAUGAAAUGUUUUUUUAAAGAUAUUUUAGAGAUCUCGUGCCCCAGAUAUCGCUUCCGCAAUUUGCUUCAUCACAUUGUCUCAACAGAUAUAGUAUAUUUUCUUUCCCUGUGUUCUUCUAAGUGGAUCGGAGAAAAUAAAGUGUGCUUGUGCAAAAAGCUGUGUGUGUGAGUAUGUGGGAGUGUGUUUGUUUGUGUGUGUGAGAGAGAUUUGCAUCUAUAUAAUCACUUGGAUAGUCAGCAUCUGGGGUUAUUCUCAAUCACGUCAUCUCAGAGACGUGAGGAUUUGUUCGAUUCGUGUAAUAUUUCAGUGUCGAUUGCCCAAAAUUGACAUGGAGGGUCUUAAUACCCGAAAUGCUUCAGAACCGACAAUUUAUUCGACAAUGCAAAUUCAAGAUUAUUACGAAAACUCAACAGAGAUAACCUUUGAGGCCACAAUUCCUGAGCUUAGAUCUCGCUCAGUGAACAUCCACGGGAUCCUAUGGCCUAUCCUCUUUACAGUUCUCAUCAUCUUCGCAAACUCUUUAAGUUUCUUGGCCUUCUGCCUCGAGAAACGUCUCCGAACAUACAACAACUACUUCAUCAUUAACUUAACCAUCCUCGACCUUAUAAUCGGUGUGUUUCUCAUCCCGACUGUUGUCCACACACACAUCGGUUACUACCCGUUCUCUCAUGAUGUCUGCAAGGUGACUUCGGCUAUCCGGUCGGGCAUUCUCAACGCCUCGAACCUCGCUGUUGUCGUGAUCUGCGCUGAUCGACAUCGGGCCACCUACGACCCCAUCAACCAUUUCAUGUCAAGAAGUAAACAAACGGCCGUGAUCAAAAACACGAUCCCUUGGAUUGUAUCAUUCAUAUUUUGGUUCCUCUACAUCACCACCCCGGAGUACAUCCUUGGGUUCGAUAAUGGUCGACACUGCCUCCGCUGGUACACCUUAACACCCCUUCUAGACAUUAUCCCAUUCAUCACGAUCUUUUACCUACCAUUCACCAUCGUCGCUGUACUCUAUUUCAGAAUCGUCGCUAAAAUUCAAACCACUCUUGGAUCAAAGAAUGUCCAAAGAAAGUUUGCCAUGAAGGAUGUAAGCAAGGAAAAGAUCAAGGUGGACUUGCCCCACGAUGACAUGACGUCCGCAGUCAGUACUGUCACCAUAAAUGUAGACCUCUCGUCCGAUAAUCUUGGUCAGGAACCAAAGAUGAACAACGGAAAUGCUGUCAACAAACCAAAGAAAGCGACAAUAAAGCGUGAAUCCGCAAACGAAACGCGUAAGGCCACAAGGACGCUCCUCUUCAUCGUCGUUGCUUUCGUCGUGUCAUGGCUUCCCCAGAGUAUCAUCAUGCUCAUCUACUCCAUCGAACCCGUGCUCGUCGUGCCAGGACUACCACGACCCGGUAGACUUUUCUUCUUGUGGAUGACGUAUCUUAACAGCCUACUCAAUCCAAUAUCGUAUGCCGUGUCGCAGCCGUUGUUCAGAUCAACCAUACUGAACAUUCUGUUAUGCAGACGUAAUUAAUCAUUUGGACCAACGUCACGCAAGUUUACCAUUGGGCGUACCCAAUCAAAAGAUCCUUACAAGGCAAGUCCACUGCAACAAAAAGUUGAU